AAUUUAUAGUCCAUAAACUCUAAAAUGAAAUCUGUAAUUUCCAAGGUUCUUUUUGUUUGCGGCGCUCUUUUGGCCUGCAGCAAUGUCGUUGCCACACCUACGGUCAAAAUCGACCCUGAGGGUCCAUCAAGUGUCGUCGUUUUGACUGACGCCAACUUUGAGCAUCUUACUCAAGCAACCACUGGAAGUACUACAGGCCCAUGGUUCGUCAAGUUCUAUGCCCCCUGGUGUCAUCAUUGCCGCAAAAUGACUCCAGCCUGGGAGAAACUCGCCAAGGACCUCAAGGGAACUGUCAAUGUUGCCGAUAUUGAUGUCACCAAGAAUGUGCAAAUUGGCAAGAGAUUCGCAAUUAGGGGCUAUCCUACUCUCAUUCUCUUGAAGGAUGGUAAAAUGUACCAUUAUGAAGGUGGCGAUCGCUCAACCGAGUCCCUUACUGCCUUUGUUACCGCUGGCCACUUGAACCUCUCUGGAAUUCCAGUACCACCACCACUCUCACUCUUUGGUCAUGUAUCAGACUUUUUGAUCUCUGGAGUACACGAGGCCCAGAGAAUUUACGACGCUGCUUUCAGGGGAUUCUUCACUAUUGCAACAUUCUCAUUCCUAUUCGGAGUUGUAGCUGGAAUGAUCUUUAGUGUUGCACUCCUCACCAGAAAAUGUCCACACUCUAAAAAGGCACCUGUAUCAGGAAGAAAGAAGGAUUGAAUAUAAAAUCCACGCACACCCUUAGGAUGUGUAUAUGCAAGUACAAGCAUACCUAAUGUGUAAAUGA